AGCCGCAGUUGGUGACAGAAGAGGUAGUAGUAGAAGAAGAAGAAGGGACAUUAUUGAAACCGUCGAAGAAGAAUCGAAGCAGCAUGGACCAUGGCAGGAAAUAUCCACAACACCACGGCUCCGAUAAGUAGCUCUUUGUCCAAACUACAGGCGCUAAAUGGAUUGUUUGCGAUAUAUAAAAAACAAGGGCCGACAUCCGCAGACGUGUUAAAUACACUCAAAGAAGUUUUACUCAAAGAAGCCGGAGUGAAAAACCCAAACCCGCGAAAGAGGAAGAAGCCGAGCCUGAAGAUGGGGCACGGAGGGACGCUGGACAGUACGGCCAGCGGGGUGCUGGUUGUUGGUGUUGGUAAUGGCACAAAGAUGCUCAGUACAAUGUUGGCUGGUUCUAAGAAAUACGUGGCCGUGGGUGAACUGGGGAAAGCGACAGACAACCUGGAUGCCUCUGGCAGUGUGGUUCUGGAGAAAGACUUUGAACACAUUACCAGCUUGGACAUCGAGGAGAAACUGAAAGCUUUCACAGGAGACAUCAUGCAAGUUCCUCCACUCUACUCUGCGCUGAAGAAAGACGGCCAGCGACUCUCCGUCCUGCUGAUGAAAGGUCACAAGGUUGAGGCCAAACCCGCCAGACCGGUGACAGUGCACAACCUGAGCUUGCAGGAGUUCAAGCCUCCCCUCUUCACCCUGGAUAUCGAGUGUGGCGGUGGAUUUUACGUCAGAAGCUUGGUGGAUGACCUAGGAAAAGCUCUGUCAUCGUGCGCUCACGUGAAGGAACUGAUCCGGACCAAGCAGGGUCAGUUCACCCUGGAGGAGCAUGCCCUGCACGAGGAGCAGUGGACGCUGGAACACAUCCUGCGCUCUCUGCAGCCCUGCUCGUAACCGAAAGCCUCCAGGAGCUAACACCUGAGGGGCCUCUGAACGGGACCACGCGACCACGCGACCACUAGCUGGGGCCGCUGUCGUUCUGUCGGUCGGUCUGUUGGCAGUCAUGGGUCGCCUGCUGGGCUCUCCCAGCCCAGAGAACGUGCACAUGAUGCUUUGGAGCUGGAUGGGGCCCAAGCUGCACAAGCUGCACUGGGGAAUUCCACUCUUCCCUCCCUUUUCUCUCACCUGUUAUUUAAAUAUUCAGAUGAUGUUCUGAUAAUACUGUCAACAGGCCCUCCUGUACACUUCCCUAUUUGUGAUGUACAGUUAUAGACAUUUCAGGAAUCCUCUCCACCAUAUAUAAAAAUAAAGUAUCCAGUAGGACAAUGCCACAGUGAAGUAGUUUCUGCUUCCAGCAACAAUUGUAUUAAGUCUCUAAGAUAAGCAGAAUUUUUUUGUUUCACUGUCAUCACUUCCUGCCCUGUGACGGGGACAUUUAAGGGCCAGAAUAGAGGUGUAUACGUUUCAUAUUUAAUAUUUCUCUUUUCCUUGCUUUGACACCUUUUUAUUUAUAUUUCCUUAAGCAGAUAAUUACUUCUAGUCAUGGGGAGCGUCUUAAAGGGCCAGUGUGCAGGAUGUAAAUGCAUCAAGAGGUGACCAACCACUUCAAAUCAUUAGGUCAUACUGUGAUACAAGUCCAUAUUGAAAAUAAUGUUCCAAAAUUGUGACUCAUUUUUUAUAAUUCUCCAGAAUGAGCUUCUCAUAUAUAUAUAUAUAUAUAU